AUGGUAGAUUUGAGACCCAUAGCUCUUUGCAAUGUGAUAUAUAAGAUUUGCUCAAAGGCUAUUGCAAACAGGCUUAAGAUAAUCCUACCUUCAAUUAUAUCUCCGUUUCAAUCUGUUUUUGUGCCGGGGCGUUUAAUCACUGACAAUAUUCUAGUGGCCAAUGGAGUUGCACAUUUUGUACACAAUAAAAGAGAGGGUCCAGAGGGAGUUAUGGCCUUGAAGUUAGAUUUGAGCAAGGCAUAUGACAAGAUGGAGUGGUUCUUUCUCCGGAAAGUUAUGGAAAGAUUUGGUUUUACUCGAGUUUGGAUUGAGUUGGUAAUGCAAUGCGUCUGUUCAGUCAGAUUUUCCUUCUUGAUCAGGGGUAAGCCUAGAGGUUAUGUGUCACCUAGCAGAGGAUUGAGACAGGGAGAUCCCUUAUCACCCUAUCUCUUUUUAAUUGGGGUUGCAGGCUUUUCGGCACUUCUGCAAAAGAAGCAAGAGUUAGGCUUACUCCCUGGUAUUGAGGUAUGUAAUGAUGCCCCUGCAGUUAAUCACUUAUUAUUUGCAGAUGACAGUAUGCUAUAUGCUCAGGCGUCCCUUGAAGCUUGUUAUGAGAUUCAGGAUGUCAUUGAAACAUAUGGGAGGGCUUCAGGGCAGCUGGUGAACUUUAAUAAAAGUUAUGUUGUUUUUAGCAAAAAUGUUCCUCUUGAAUUGCAAGAAGAAGUGACUUCUUUGUUGGGGGUGGAAGUUGUGGAGUCACAUGAACGGUAUUUGGGGUUGCCGACUUAUGUUGGCAGAAAGAAAAUGGCAACUUUUCAAUAUAUCAAAGACAAUUUGGCCAAGAAACUUAAAGGUUGGCAAGGCAAGAUGCUGAGCUGUGCGGGGAAGGACAUAUUAAUCAGAGUGGUGGCUCAAGCUUUGCCCACUUAUGCUAUGAGUGCUUUCCAACUGACAAAGAAUUUUUGUGAAGAUUUAGAACAAAUGUGUGCUAGGUUCUGGUGGGGAAGCACCGAGGAUAAAAGAAAAAUACAUUGGAAAGCAUGGGAUGCUCUUUGCCUACCUAAAGAAGAAGAAGGUUUAGGUUUUCGAAGCUUGACUGAGUUUAACUUGGCAAUGCUGGCAAAACAGGCUUGGCGAAUUAUUUCAGAUCCAGCUUCACUUAUAGCUAGAGUGUACAAGGCCAAGUAUUUUUCAGAGGGCUCUUUUUGGUCAGCUACUGCUCAUACUGCUCCUUCUUACUCUUGGAGGAGUAUCUUUGCUACAAGAGAGUUGCUAAAGUCAGGGUCCUAUUGGCAGAUUGGAUCGGGGACUAAAGUUAAGGUUUGGUCAGAUGCUUGGGUACCGGGUCUGCCUAAUUUUGUACCUCAUGCUGCGCAGAUUCAGGUAAAUGACAAUUUGAGUGUUAACGAAUUGAUGAGGGCACAAGGUGUUUGGCAUGAGGAAAGGGUUCGAGCUUUGUUUAAUGGGGCUGAAGUUGAAGCUAUUCUUGCAAUGCCCUUGUCUACUCGUCCAGUUGAUGAUAGGCUCGUUUGGAAGCUUGAGAGUAGAGGCAAUUUUACGGUUAAAACUGCUUACCAUUUUGCUUACUCUAAUUCUAUAGAGAGGGCAAAUGUUUUGGGGAAUGUUACAGCUUGUUUUUGGAAAAAGAUUUGCAAUGCCAAGAUCCCAAAUACAGCUAAGAGUGUAUGGAAGGAAAGAAAUUGUAGAGUUUGGGAUAGAAAGACCAAGAAUGCUAGUGAUGUGGUGUUAUUGGCCACUUCCAGACUACAGGAUUAUGUUUUUCAUAACCAAAAGAGGAUGGUAGUAGCAAGGCCGAGUGAAACGGUCACAAAAUGGAAGUGUCCUCCGAGUGAUUGCGUGAAGAUAAAUGUGGAUGGGGCAUUCAACUCGCAGACCAAAACAGGGGGCACCGGUUUGGUGUUCAGGGAUGCUACUGGACAUUUGUUAACUGGAAUUGGUAGACCACUUGUUGGGUUAUUGUCAGCAGAGCACGCUGAGCUGCUUGCUUGUAAAUGUGCAGUGAAGUUUAUUAUGGAGCAAGUUACUCAGCCUGUGAUUUUGGAAACAGACUCAUUGGUUGUGCAACAACACUUGACUACUGCAGGGGACGCCAAUUCUUCUUUGUUGGGACGUGUUUAUGAGGAUUUACUGGUACAAUUGGCUGACUUGCCUAAUGUACGCAUUACUCAUGUCAAUAGAAAAGGCAACAUGGCAGCACAUUUGGUGGCUGCUCAAGCUAGUACUUUAGGAGUAUCCAUGGAUUUCAAUCAUGUUCCUUCUUUUCUUACUGCUGUAAUAGCAGCUGAACUUUGUACUUCUUAA